AUGCUCUGUUCGAUUUAUUGUGCAUGUGGAGAGUUGUCUCUAUUCUCUUCAAAAUUAGCAGCAUUAAAUGCCCAGGCUCAACAACCUAUUACUGGGGAGAAUGUUAGCGGGGCAACAACUAAUGCCCAAGGGAGAUUGUUAAUUUUUGAUUCUACAUUUUUAUUAAUGGCACGUAUACAACAUGUAUUUGCUGAUAUGCGUUUGGAAGAAUUAGUUGGUGGACGUUUACACUGCGCAUUUUAUCGUUGGACACAACGUUAUCAGAAAUGUAUUGAGGAAAGUGAAUCGAUGUGUUUUGUUUUAUCUUCACAGACAGGAGGGUCUUCAAAUGAAGAUUCUACAGAUUCCUCUUUCCGUUCAAAUUUUCAACGUAACCAAUUCCAAGCAAUGCGUUCACAAAAACAACCUUUUUGGUUAGCGGAAAAUAAUGAUUUUGGCAAUACAAUAGAAACUGUCCCUUUAAUUGGGGAACUUUUAUUGGAAGAGUUUUCACGUGGUUCUCCAAACUCAAAUGAAAUAAAUAACAUAUUUUGGACAUUCAGUCAAAUGAGUUGUUUGUGGCUUUGUCUUGUUCAAUGGUUGGAUGCACAACAACCAACUAUUGGAAAUACACCUCGACAAGCAAUGGCUAGAUCAAUGAGAGAAUUUGAAGUUAAACUUCAACAGCAAAAAACGGCUUCUGAAAAGGACAAUAAGGAUAAUGGAGAACGCCUUCAAAGUCUAAGCUAUUCAAUUUUAAUUGCUCGCCGUCUUCUUCGUCAAAUAGUUGAUCAAAGAAUUAAAAAAGAACACCCAUAUACUUGGCUGGUUGGAUUUGCUCAACGUCCAUUGCCUGCAUUACCUUUUGGGAGAAAAAUGAGUCUUUUAAGGGCAAGCCCUGAGGAAAUUAACGAAGAAAAUCAGAGAUUGAAGGAGGCAAAUAAUUAUUAA